CAUUUAAUUUUCUGUUAUUCAUCAAUUACAGUCACGUCUGGUAGAGCCGGCUUCGUCGAAUCUUGGCACGAAGCACAUUAGAAAGCGAUGUCGACAAGGCCGCAGAACACUGAAGCGGAACAGCCGGGCGAGUCAGUUCAAGAAGUGAAGUCUGCGCUCGCAAUGCCCGGUCAGCAGGAGCAGGCGUCCGGGUCUGUCGCAGACUUUGACGGCAGAGCAGCCGAAACGGGAGAGGUCUCGAGAGAGGAGGAGAGGCAAGAAGAGCUCCGAAAUGGAGAAGUAGACACUGAAGAGAAAAAUGUCACCGUUUCCCCCAGAACGUGGAACAUUUAUCUGGGGGAGCUCGUCGCGAACGUCACCGAAGAUCAGAUCAAGCAGCAUUUUGCUGCCUGUGGCGAGAUCAGAGGGGUCAACAUUAUCCGGGAUAAGACUACGGGAUUGUGCAGAGGAUAUGCGUUCGUACAUUUCGGGUCGCCGGAGGCGCAGUCUCGCGCGCUGUCUCCGGAGUUUAAUAGCCCCGUGAUUUCCGGCCAGCCGGCGAAGGUGAAGCCUUCUGACAACAAGCAGACGCUUUUUAUUGGGAACGUGCCGAUGAACAUGUCCUCUGAAGAGCUGAAGGCGGCGUUGCUCGAGCUGUGCAAGGGCAUCACGACGUGCAUACAAGUGGAGUUGAAAUCGAGCAGCAGUUCUGGGAGCCUGUCACGGGGGUUUUGUUUCGUGACGUUUGACUCGUAUGAGACUGCGGAGGCUGCGAAGAAGGUGUUGAUGAGUGCUAUAGUUCGGGAUCGUCAGUUGAACGUCUCCUGGGCGGAGAACUCGAAUCGUUCGUCUGCCGAGGACGAUCCUCAUUCGAAGGUGACGACGUUGUACAUUUCCAAUUUGGGUCCGAACGUCAACGAGAAGUCUCUGGCUUCUAUGUUCAUGCAGUUUGGCGAGGUGUCCAAGUGCGUGGUAGUUAAGACGCCGGUUGGCGAGAAUCGGGGAUAUGGUUUCGUGACAUACAAGGAUCGGGAGACGUGCUUGCAGGCGACGAAGCACCUUCAUAACGCCGAGCUGGAUGGUCAGAAGAUCGGCGUGACCUUCGCGAAGACCAGCUCGUCGUCUGGGUCUUUGAACAGUUCUGGCAUGAAGUCGAGGGGGAUGAGAGGGAACGCACAUCGUGGAAGCGGCAUGCAUCAUGGCAGUCACGCUAUGCGGUCCAGCGGGUCCGUACAAAGCUGGUCCGCUCCGUAUGGACCGAAUUCUGGCACAAAUAGCCUCUAUUAUGGUGGUGGUGGCAGGGGUGGCGGAUAUGGAUCUGGUGGUGGAGGUGGAUACGGACCUGAACCUAGUGGCGGCUUGAGUCAUGGCAGACCUGAUCGUUCGAUGAGGAGCGUUCAAGCUCCGCCUACUAUCUCUCAUCCCUCUCCGACUCCUCCGACAUAUUCACCCAGUAAUGUUCCUACCGUGUCUCCCUACUCGUCUGGAUAUGGUGGGUAUCUCUCGUCUAUGAAUUGGUACGCGUCUGGCGACCCUGUGAUUCCUUCUAUAGUCAACUCAGCAACGCCUUAUCCUCCUCCUCCUCAUCAGAACACCAACGCCGCUCCGGUUCCACCGUCCAAUUAUCCUUCUUACCCUUAUGAUUCUUACUAUUAUUACCAUCCUAAUUACAAUCAGCCUCCGGCCGGUGCACUCAACAUGCAAACUCCUCCCUUGGGCGCUCCUGGCGCUCCGCGCUUCUCCUACUGACAGUCACUACUGGGGGCUCUCUGUUUUUUAUGUUCCCUCCCACUGCGAUGCGAUGGCAAUGCUCGCCCGCGACUCAGAGAGAGAAAGAGAGAGACGGGCGUUCCUUUAAAAAUUUCAGAAUCAAUCUGCGCACCGGCAAUCUCUCCUCUCCCAUCUUAACGAAGACACUUUUCAAGAUACGCACGCUUUGCCGCUUUCGACAGAAAGAGCCCCCUCCCUCAAUGCGAGUCUCCUGGCUGCUUUUGCCUCCUCUCUCUAUCCUUCCCCCUCAAGCACAAUCAUUUUUAUUGUUUUUUAGUCUCUCUUUUUGCCCCCGCAUUGUCGUACCAACCUAUCUGUCUCGCGGAGAGCGGUGGGGCUCUAGGGGCGCGCACCACUUGAUUGUUGUUGUCCUCUCCCCACUCCGCGCGCUUGCCCUUAUCACCCCUUUUCUUUUGCCUGGGCAAAAAACAUUAUACGCGUCUAUCAGCGGCGGGCCUUUAGACAAAAAAAAUCCAGACCCUACGAUUCAUCUCUGGAGGGAUCCCCCCGAUAUUUGCACUAUCACGUACUCAAGAUCCCCGUGACCACGAGCCAGUCUGAUAUCUAUCUGUCUCUCCAUUUGCGUGCGCGCCUAAUGCAGUUUCACACACGCACUUCGUUUAUGUGUACACUCUCCCCUCCCCCCACACGCGUGCGUGUUGUCUGUCCACACACAUACAUACACACACUCUCUCUGUCUGAACCGAGCCCCUCCUCCGAGAGGAGGGGGUUUCCCGCUUGGACGUCACUGAAGGAUGUUUUGGCCCCUUGGACACCACGAAUGGGCACGGCACGAGCCCUUCCACUUAAGCGUUUUUUUUUUGCACAUAUUACUGGUGGUGGGCUGUCAAGCGCAAGAGGGAACAAUGUGUGCAUUUUGAAUAAAGAAAUAUCGCGCACCAGUCGAAAUGCUUCAUUUUUCGUUGUUGUUGUUGAGAAGGGGUGUGCGGCCGAUGGAUUUGCUACGACGGGUCUUCUCGCUGUGUCUCGCGGCCCAGGCGGCGAACUUCGCGUUGGAGGGCGUUUGGAUACUGGCGACGAGGGACGCGUUUCGUGCUGAGUUUCGCGAGCAUCUGUGCAGAGUGUGCGGCACGGUGCCGUACAUGCUUUUGUCUUUGGUGCUGUGCCACACGUUGUUCGUGAUGAUGGCGCUGUUUACCAGUUUGUUUGACAAGAGGCUUUUGCAGAUUUUGGGCGUUUCGAACGGCGUCGGGUUUUCGGCGGCGCUGGCGGUGACGGUGUUUUUGUGGUGGUCUCGGUUCCAGAGCGACGUCGAGUACUACGUCGCACUUGGCGCGUGCUUGGGGAGCAGCGUUGCGCUGCUCUACACGGUUUGGUUUGUCUGGCGUUUGCUGGAGGAG